ACUUUUUCUUCUCUUAUCGUUCCUCACGUUCAUUUCCUAACUCAAAUUACAAAGUUGAGGCACCAACAUGCGCAACGUGCUCAUUCUUCUGCAAAUCGGUUCUCUACCACGUCUCUUUUGCCUCGCCCAUACCCAUUUACUAUUAAAAUACAUUCGUACAAGACAGAUGCAUGCGAGGAAAAAAAAAACCUGAAUGUUAUUAAUCCAGUGAGUUUUGUAAAUCUCACUGAUUAUUUUUGGAACGGCCGAUCAGGAUAAAAAAAACAACUGCCUAGGGGCAACGCGCACGCGAAGUAGAGGGCAACACCAGGAGGAAAGUCAAUAAUCAGUACAAAGAGAGACGUUAUGAUCCACGUUCUCUGUGGUUUUAUAGAGACAACAUUGCAGAAUCCUCCUCCGAGGGAGAGACGAGAGAGGAAGUAGAAUGCUUUCGCCCGAAAGGUUGGACGCGGCCACUGAACUAAGUCGUGCAGCAGCCGUGCCGACAUUCUCUUGCGCUUCGAGGUGCAGUCAGUGACAGUGGGCAUUCAGGUUGUCCCUCUUAUGUUUCAGUUUUGAUCUCACUGAUUUCAAUUUCCAAGCUUGCGAGUGAUUUUUAUUUUUCGGAUGCUGCUUACAUUUUGAAUUCACUUCUCUCAAUCCAUUGCCAUGGAAUCUCAUGGGAGCCAAGAGCCUAUUAACCAAUCACAACCUAAUCACACUUUUCCCCCGACUGUAGCAAAGAAACCACUUGUAUUCUACUUAUCAUCCGUUGUGGUUCUUUUACUAGCAAUCAUACUGGGUUUCUCCAAAACAAGCUUUUACAAAACACAACACCUGAAAUACUCUUUCUCAUCACACCCCACUUUUCUUCAAACCCUUGUAGGCUUCCUUCACCCAACCCCAAAACCCCAAAUAACCAAUGCAAUGAAUCCCAUUUCCCUUUCACCCAGCUGUGUGCUUUGGAUGGCUCCUUUUCUUUCAGGUGGUGGGUACAGUUCAGAAAGUUGGUCAUAUAUCUUGGCCCUCCAUGAACACAUGAAAAACCCAAUAUUCAAAGUGGCUAUUGAGCAUCAUGGUGAUGAAGAAUCCAUUGAAUUCUGGGAGGGCUUGCCAAAAUAUACCAAGAACUUGGCCUUGGAGCUCCAUCAAACAGAAUGUAGGAUGAAUGAGACCAUUGUGAUUUGUCACAGUGAGCCUGGGGCUUGGUACCCUCCAUUGUUUGAAACCUUCCCAUGCCCACCAGGUGCUUAUAAAAAUUUCAAGUCUGUGAUUGGACGGACCAUGUUUGAGACUGAUAGGGUGAAUGCCGACCACGUGAAGCGCUGUAAUCAAAUGGACUAUGUUUGGGUUCCCACUGAAUUUCAUGUGUCUACAUUUAUCGAAAGCGGGGUUGAUCCUUCUAAGGUAGUGAAAAUCAUUCAGCCUAUUGAUGUGAAGUUCUUUGAUCCCCUCAUGUAUAAGCCAUUAGACCUUUCCUCCCUAGGGACAUUGGUCUUAGGUUCAACAACCCAGAAUUUGAAUUCGAAAAAGGAGUUCAUAUUUUUGAGUAUUUUCAAGUGGGAGUACAGGAAAGGUUGGGAUGUAUUGUUGAAAUCAUACUUGAAGGAAUUCUCUAGGGUUGAUGGGGUUGCUUUGUACUUGCUAACGAAUCCAUACCAUUCUGAUAGAGAUUUUGGGAACAAGAUCGUAGAGUUUGUGGAGGACACUGAUAUAGAAAAACCAGUAGCAGGUUGGGCUCCAGUUUAUGUGAUAGAUACCCACAUUGCUCAAAUUGAUUUGCCGCGACUAUACAAGGCAGCUGACGCAUUUGUCCUUCCAUCAAGAGGGGAAGGGUGGGGGCCUCUUGUGGAAGCCAUGGCAAUGUCAUUGCCGGUGAUUGCGACAAAUUGGUCUGGGCCAACAGAGUAUUUGUCAGAGGAGAAUAGCUAUCCAUUGUCAGUGGAUAGAAUGAGUCAGGUUAUGGAAGGGCCAUUCAAAGGGCAUCUGUGGGCAGAACCUUCUGUUGAUAAGCUUCAAGUUCUUAUGAGACAUGUAAUGAAUAAUGUUGAGGAUGCUAAGGACAAAGGCAGGCAGGCAAGGAAGGACAUGAUAAGAAGGUUCUCUCCUGAAAUAGUGGCAGCGAUUGUUACUGAUCAUAUACAAAAUAUACUUCUGAAGAUGAGUUAAAAGAGGUGCAUUUCUUUAGGUUGGAGAUGCCAUGGUAUUUAUCACUUUCUUGCUUGACCAUGGUUUGUUUGUCAAUUGAGCUAGAAUUUUGAACUCAAGAUGACUCGGUCGGGCUGCUGAAGGAGUUGGUCGACAAUAUAGCAAGCCAAAGAUUUUUCAAUAUGCAGCUUAGCUUAGCAAUAUGAAGAGUAUGUACUUCAGUUGUGAUUGACGGAUCUCAUCUUCUAUGAAGCUUGAGGUUCUUGAUACAAAUAAUCUGGCUAUAUUAUAUCUCAAAAUAAACAUCCAUCUUCUUGUUCUCCGUCAGUGCGUCUGAGGAAUAUGGACUAAGCAGCAGUUUAUCA